AUGAAGGAAGUACAGCCCGCUAAGGGAAGAAGAAGGACGGUUAUGCAUCCUAAAGAAACAGCCCAAGAAAAAGCCAGAAGAAGCUCAGUGGUGGCCAAAAACACCUCUCGAGAGUUCCUUUGCAACAUUCAGGCCACGAUCCAAAGUCUACUUGACCAGGAAGAUACGACCAAGAACAAGACUAUUACAGUGGAGGAUUCAGGGCCAAAGCGAUAUCAGUUGGAAAUGCACAAUGGAAAGCCAGCCUGGAUAGAAGGCAACUACACAAUUUCAACCCUUCUACAGGAGUUAGCUUUAGUAGACAUAAACUUUCGCACAGUUAUUGUGCCAGAGGACCGGCUAAACGAAGAUCCAAUGGCCAGACUGACUCGGCUUAUUAAAAACUGCUUCUGGAAGAAUCUGCGACGAGUGCUAGAUAAGGAUGGGCUAAAGUUAGCCCUAAUUGACACCAAAAUCAAGCGGGUUGAGUAUUUUCUUUAUGUGCCGGCCGCAGAUGCAGCUGCCUGUUCGUACUACAAGAACCUAGAAAGUGCUCUAAAAGCCGAUUCAUUUCAGAUCAAGCUUUUGAAAAUCACCUUGCAAAAGAACAGCCCCGGAAUCUUCUUUGGUGAUACAUUUGCGUCACGCGAAGUUCUUUGUAAUACAUCGCCGGGUCUACUGACUCUGUCUACCCGUCGUUUUCGUCUCUCGAGUAGUGAGUCGCCUUCUCUUAGUGCGCCUGAGCGGCUAGGUAGUUGGCACAAUCCUAUUAUUAGCCGAAGUGCUACAGUGGUGGCGGAAGAUGGACCUUGCCCCUUUUAUGUUCCUGGUGGGCGGUUCAAUGAAAUGUAUGGCUGGGAUUCGUACUUCAUUGCCAAAGGCCUUAUUCAUUCGGGAGAGCUAGGAGAGGCCAUGUGUAUCGCGGAGAAUCUGCGCUAUCAAAUAGAUUCGUAUGGAAAGAUUCUUAAUGCUAACCGAAGCUACUAUCUGUUUAGAGGCAAUCCGCCACUGUUCUCAACUCUGAUCGACGAGGUGAUUGAGCAAUUGGGUCCCGACGAAAGAGAGACACAUGCUGCCUGGAUUGAAAGCUGUCUGGAUGCCGCCCUUAAGGAGUACAAGUAUUUUGAUCGGGGCUACAACGCCGAGCUUGGGCUUACUCGCCAUGCACCUGGCGGCAAAGGCAUUCCAAUGGAAACUGAAGAGGGCCAUUUCUAUUCAGCUAUUCGUACUUAUGUUCCAGGAGCGACCGACUGGACGGUUAGUGAGCUUGAGGCCUACAUUGAGAGGUACAACCGCGAGGAGGAGACUAGUGUUAUGCUUGAAACUUAUUUACAGCACGACCGGGCAGUCAGAGAGUCAGGCCACGAUAACUCCAAACGAGUAGAAGGCUUAGCUGCAGAUCUUUACACCGUCGAUCUUAACUCUUUACUGUACAAGACCGAAAUGGACAUUCUUCGCCAUCGUGACAUACCCGAGCUACAAGCGAAAGCCGCCCAAAGAAAAGCGGCAAUUAACACAAUCCUCUGGAAUGGCACAGCAUAUUACGACUAUAAUAUGCACACCAAGGAACUAUCUAAGUAUAAAGGAGCGUCUACUCUCUAUCCUUUGUUUAGUCGAGCAGCAGAUCCGGAAAAGGCAAAGAUCCUCAUUGCGAAUCUUGAUGAUUUGGUGGGUCCGGGUGGGAUCCUAACUGGAACGAAAGAGAGCUGCCUUCGCGAGCCGGGUGAGCCGCAAAGACAGUGGGACUAUCCUUAUGGCUGGGCUCCUCACCAAAUGCUUGCCUGGGUAGGUCUUAUCAACUACAACGAGCACGCGCGAGCGCGCAAUCUAGCCCUUCGGUGGUGUACCAUGGUAGGUCGGAUCUUCUCUCAAUACAACGGCGCUGUGACUGAAAAGUACAACGUUGAAGUGGGGUCGCAUAAAGUUGAAGCCGAGUAUGGCAACAUUGGGGCUGAGAUUGAGUACGUGCCUAGGGAGGGCUUUGGCUGGACGAACACCUCCUGGCUAGUUGGUCUGGCGCUUUUGAAUGAAACAAGCCGAAGAGAGUUAUAUGCACGCAUUAACCUCGGCCAGUAA